GGCAAUGGCCAAGUUAAUUGCCGAAAUGAAUUCCGAUCAAUAUGAAGCUAAGAAAAAUUCCAACGAAAAUUCGACCACGAACCAACAGCAACAACAAAAAGAAAACAUUUCCAAUGGGCAUGCAAAUAUUCCUGAGACCAUAUCUGGUGACGAUAGUAAAGUAGAAAAAGAAACAGAGUUGAAAAAAUCGGAACAGGCAACGGAUGAUAAACGUAAAAAGAGAGACGGAAGUGCUGAUCGUACAGUUUCGGUUCUUGGAAUGGAAGUAACAGCCAGUUGUGAGGGAGGCCAUAAAUGGUCUGGUCGUCCUCCAACUCCGGUACUGUCACACCAUCACGAACAUUCCAAAUCUGAAGAUGAUAAGCCAGAACCACAAUCAAUUUAUUUGGAAGGCUCCUUGGCCCAUGAUUCACAGAUUUUGGUUUCCGAUUCGGAAAUCAAGCAGGAAGAAGUUUAUGAUGCUGAACUUAAUGGAUCUGAAGAAGAACCAGCUGUUAUAUUGAGUAGUAAAAUGACAUUAUCGCUAAUUAAUCUGGAUAAUAAAGCUGAUUUGAAGAAACCUACAAGUCCCGAAGUAGAAAGUCCCUUGGCUGAUGAUAUUGAAAUAAUUGGACAUGACCUAAACUAAAA